CCAUCUUCGCAUUGUGCGGUCGCUGUCGCGGACGCCGUCAGGUUGACGGCACUGGCGCGAUUGAUCGCGCGCAUACGUCGUACAACGCUUGUGCUCCGUAUACGCGCGUGCGUAUUCACGCACGCGCACACACGUACACGCGUGUUUUUAUCCGGAAUACGUGUAUCACGUUGUGGACGGUCUCUCACGGAUGAACGGGGCCCCUGGCCACCCUACGCGAAUGUAAACAGAGAGUUCUGAAGUUCUCCGUCGCGCCGGAUAUCAUGUGCGACACGGACGAGAUCGGCGGCGCGGCCGCUGAGAGCUCGCGCCGUCCGCUCUGAGCUGAGCGAAGUGAAGUUGCAGCACGCGCGUGUUGGUGUGGUGUGCGCGUUCCUCGACCCGGGUCGGCAGCUAUACAGAGUGGUGUGCGUGCGGGAUUACCGUGAAGUGGGAACGGCAGGCCGACCGUCGGCGACCGUCGCUCCGGGCUCGCCCCGUUGCGUGUACACGUUGCGUCUCUCCUUCCCGUCUUCCUUCUCCCGAGUCUCUCUCUCUCUCUUGCUCGCUCGCUCGCUCGUUCCGUCGAAUCGUCUCUCUCCCUCUCGCACGCCUGGUCGCCUAGGAUAUUCCCGAUACCUGAGACGGGUUCGCGUGUGCGCGAACCGCGUACGGUUCUACGUUGGCUCCGUUGCAAUGAGAGACCUCGACAAGAAACUCGCGGACGGAGCUGUAUCCAGGUGACGGAAAUGCAAAAUGCCUUCAAUCGAUACCCGAUCGAUAAGAGUGCCUGGAGAAAUGGAUCGGUGUCCAUCUCAUAGACGAGACGCUACGUCGAGACAUGCUGGAUGCCGAUCUACGCUGGAUGUGUCCAGCACAUUGGAGUCGUCCCCCACAGUCGCUUGCCACAGUUUUGCAACAUGCUGCGACGUAUUUAAUGCUUCUAAUGACGCCCUGUUCAAAAAGGAUCACGUCACAACGUUAGAAAACGAGCCCAAUAGUGUGGUUUAUCUGUCACAGGACAUUUCAUUAUCUCACAAUGCCCGUUCAACUGAUCUGUGCUUUGCGCAAAAAGAAUUUGCUUGUCCCGCUGUCCCUUGUAAUCAUGGAUGUGAUACAAGUGUAAUGAAUCACCGAAAUCGUCAUAGUUCUACGCGAAAGAGGGACGCGAUGAGAUAUUUUCAUACAGCGGAUGCACUCUCGAUAACGAGAUACUUUCUCGUAUUCAUCAAUCAAAUGUUAGGAUUAAUAACCACCGAUUGGAUAACGAAUUCUUCAUGGAGGAGAUGGCGAACUUAUUUUCUUUUCUUAAUUUGCCUAUUUUGUGUGACGCAAUGUUCAGCCCGCACUUGCUCAGUUGGAUUAAGCACACCGGGAUGGACCUGGCCACAAGGUGAUAUUGUUAUUGAACAUGGUAAACCACUCCAAAUGUUCUGUCUGUUAAAUCAGACGAUCAUGGAACUUGACUAUCCUAAAAAAGAUGCGGAAGAUCUUCGAUUCUUUCGUAACGAUCAAGAACUGGAGUCGGAAUUCGUCACGGUAAUUAAUGAAACUACGAUAGAGCUGUCCAUCAAAACACCACCGCCCUCCGACGACAUGUACAAUUGCAAGUUGCGAAUGAAAGACAACGACUAUAUAGCAGUUUGUCUCAAUAAAGUUGUAGUUGGAUAUCCACCUCAAAAACCCAAACAUUUUGACUGCGUCUCCUAUAAUUGGGAAAGCUUUAAUUGCACAUGGGAGCCAGAACACAAUUUCGUCAAUACAAAGUACGAUUUAAUGUUUCAACUACCUGGAAGGUUAGGGGCAAUGUAUUAUUGUCCGCUUGCGACGACGGCACGGAAUUCAUGCACGUGGGAUAUAUAUUCCGAUCCAAUAUAUAGGCAACCAUAUGCAUUUUAUAUUUUCAUACUGAAAGUAUCUAAUCCUUUUGGAGAACUCAACUUUACAUAUCGUGUCCAGCAUUAUUCUAAUGUUAUUCCGGCUAAACCUUACAACCUUACCUUAAUAAACAAAACAUCGGAGAGUGCACUGUUGCAUUGGGAACUUCCCUUCCCGAUGGCGACAUUUCCAGUUGGUGUUCAUCACAAAAUUAUGUAUCAACAUCAAUGGGAUCAUGAAAAAGAUUGGAAGGUUAUCAAUAUUACGCAUCCUAAGAAUAAAGAACAAUGGCUUUACAAUCUUACCGGAUUAGAGUACGCUAACACAGUAUAUGAUGUUCGCAUUUAUUUAAAAAGCUCAACAGCUGUAAGACCAGAUCGAUGGAGUGAAUUUAGUGUUGUUACAUUUAGAACAUCAUCAAAAUUGCCGAGCGCUGCACCGCGAACUGACAUCGGUAGCUUCGAAAUUGCUGAAAAUAAUGGAAACAGGGACGUAUACUUGUACUGGCAAGCGAUACCGCAGAAUCAAGAAAACGGCGAUAAUUUUAAGUAUCAAAUCAUUCACGUGGAGGAAAAUGGUCAGAAAGUUGCGCUUACGCCAAGUGAAACGACUAGGACAUAUGCCAAAUUGAAGGGAAUCACCCUCAACAGUUACCUGUUCGAGAUCAUCUCAACAAACGAGGUCGGAGCUAACAACAGCCGUGCAAGAAUAUACGUACCAAAUCAGAAAGAAAUUCCACAUGAACCAAUAGCGUUUACGAAAAUCGCUUUCGAGAAUGGAUUAUAUGAAUUAUCUUGGAAACCACCGUUCGAAGAUCAUAACAUUAAGAAUUACACGAUCUUUUGGUGCGACAACGAGCGUGAUCGUCCUUAUCAGUGUACCGGUUAUUUGGACUGGGUGCAUGUUCCUAAAAAUACUAUGAUCUACAAUAUAACUGUACCGAAUCCGUCCAAGGUAUACCAAUUUGCAAUCUCCGUCAAUACUGAGAGAGGUAGCAGCGGCAUGAUAUGGUCGUCGUGCACGGUAAUUCAUAACAAGGUACUCGGCAAAAUGAAGUCUGUUUGGAUUAAUCGCAUUGGAUCGCACUUUAUCGAAGUCGGUUGGAAGCUUGAUUGUUCGGAUCGCAUCGGGAUAAUUGAAGGAUUCAACAUCUACUACUGUCCCAUAGUAUCACCAAUGAAUGUCAACUGUAAUGGUCCUAUGUUUAAUAGUACUAUCAAAGCGGACGCACAUACGAUACAUGGCGUUGUCGAUAAUCUGAAGCCCUACACUACGUAUAUGCUGAGUGUCGCGGUGUUGACGAAGAGUGGUGAGGGUCUGCGUAGUGAUCCCCUGUAUAAUACCACUCUCGAAGCUGCACCCAGCACACCACCGUCAAAUGUUAGAAUCACUGACUUGUCUAACACGACGAUGUUUGUCGCAUGGAAAAAGCCGUCGGCGAUGAACGGUGUACUCAGAUAUUAUGAAGUUUACUACAAUGGUCAAGUCAUUAGAGUGGAUGAUAAAGAUCACAUUAAACUGACCGGUUUGAAGCCGUAUACGAAAUAUUUUAUUAGAGUCUCCGCUUGUACCGUCCAGUGCAGUGAAAAAUCAACGAUGAUAUAUGAAUCCACGAAGAUCGGCGUGCCUGGCAAAAUUAAUAUUCCUUUGGUACGCUUUGUAAACUCCAGCCAAGUAAUCAUUCAGUGGGAGCCACCGCAAGAACCAGCCGGUCCACUAGAGCACAUGUAUUACGAAAUAGAAUACGGAAAUGGCAUGAUCCUGAAUGUCACGAGAACAGAAGUGCAAUUGCCCAUUCCCGACUGCAAGAACGUCGAGCAUCGAGAGCAAAAGCACAAGUUCCGGGUUAGGGCUGUUAACACCAAUCUUAACGGCGACCUUUUGAAAGGAUCCUGGUCUGACUUUGGGGAGGGAAAUUGUUAUAAUAAUGGUUUAUCGUCCGUCGCACUGGUUGUUAUAUGGAUAGUUGGCGUCGUUAGCUUCGCAGCAUGUAUCGUGUGCUUCGUGUACAUGUUUAAGAGAAUGUGGAUAAAAUGUCGAGCGAUGCGAGAUGUCGAAGUAAAACUACCGCCUGGACUUGCUAAUCCAGAUACGCAACCGCUUAAGAAGAGCGAACAACCACACAUACGACAACCGUCCGCCGAUUCGAGCGGUUGUUCGAGCGGCCAAGAGUCUGUUACGUCAUCACUCACGGCGGAAUCCCAGGUUUGCAGUGAUAGUGGCACUGAGGUGGAUGCAAUGCAUACACCGUCCGAUAAACUGAAGAGUCAACCUGUCCGCGAAUUGACACAUCUGCGACAAAGAAGUACUACACGUGUACCAGCCUCGUUAUUAUCAGACGUCACGCCCUGCUGGGAAUCAUAUGUCAAAGUUGGCAAUUCCGGUGAGCCGACUUCUGAAGAGACUAUAUCGUUAGCGCGGUCCACGCCUAAUUUAACAGAUAACACAAUGUCAAAGAGUUACUCGCCAUCGCAACACGCCUGGUCUAGUGCAAACUAUAUCAGCAUGCCGUCCUCUUCAGAGAUGUUAUUGAGCAAUCCGAGCCUUAUACCACGGAAGAACGCUAACAGCGACGAUGGCGACAGCAGCAAAGACAGUGACGACAACAAUGAUGGUAACCAUGGCAGCGAUAGCAACAAUGAUAGCGGCGACGACAGUGGUGAUGCUUUGAUAUCGAUCAAAUUUGAAGAUGAAUUCGAAAAGGAGAAGCAGAAACAAACUAUCGACGAACUGGACAAAAUGCGGUCGAUCAUCGAGUUGAACAAGAAGCUUAUGGCAUCUCACAUUAAUCCCGAGAAGACGACGAUGGCGACGCCAUAUGUUCAAGCAGGUCUAAUAGACGAAAUACCCGAAUCGCCUUCUAGUAUACCUAAACAUAUACAAGCCAGGAACAGCAAUCUGAUGUGUGGCACCUUCAAAGUUAAAGAUAAUCAGAAUUUGUGCAAGAAAGAGUAUAUGUCAUUUCCGCCGACCUUCCCCGCCAGUACCGGCUUGACUUUAGCGAGUCCAAAAUAUAUCUUUGCAUCGAUAAUUCCUGAGGGGAUGACGAUGCCGGUUAUAGAAGCGGAUCAAGAAUCUUUACAGCAGAAAACGUUCCACGAUCCGCACAGUUCUACAACGAGCGGAACUUCGUACAAUCUUACGAGCUCCGCGCACGAAACACAGCCGCAGGAGCAACAAGAGAAAGCGGAGCCACUCGCGAAUAUGACGGAGGACGUCGAUGAGGGUGACAGCAAGGACAACACUGUGCACCCCUCUCCGUCCUGGCCGACGACAGAGGGAAAAGACUUGAACUCUAGUUAUAUCACUAUCGCGAAUUUGUCACCUCCCUCAGCAGGACCGUCGUAUGUGCGACUCGAGAAGAUGCCACUGCCGCAGGCAGCGACAAGUCAAUCGGACGAACAGUACACAGAGGUGACGGUUGUGCCAAGUACAGUUCAGUGAGGUGAGGAGAGAGAUGCACCAUCAUCUCGUUUUUCUCUUUUUCGCGAUGGUGUUCAUUGCCACCUUCGUAGACGGACAAAGUAAGUGCUACACUGUAAGAUCGUGGUAUAUACAGCGGUACAUGCAAGAAACUGAGAUGUUAUACGUUUGAAUGUAAUUGCGACACUCACACGCGAAUCGACUGAGCUGAGCAGCGACCUUUUACAAUCUGGGGGGAGGGGGGGAAUGAGUUCGCUUAUUAAAAUACGAAGAGAUUUAAGAUACUUUCCUCAUGAAAGGGAAUGUUUCAUAUUUGCUUCGAAAAUAAGACUGGGUCUGAGCAAAAAGGAAGAUCAUUGGCUUGAGGUUAAAUAAAUCGUUGGAACUUUACUUCUUAUUAAAAGAGUUUUUCAAUGAGUUCUUACGUUUAAAGACGCUUCCUUAAAUGGCUAUUACUGAGAAAAAGUUUUAUGCGUAUAGCAUCUGUACAAAAAAUAAUAGAAUAUACAGGAAGCGAUUCGCAGAGUCUUUAAGGAGAUUUCU